AUGGCCGACUAUCAGUACGGAGGCUCCGAAGAGGAGAAUGCGGAGAUUAGAAAUCUCGAGACAGAGCUGCUUGAUGAUCCCGACAACUUUGAAACCUGGGAGAAGCUGGUUCGCGCCGCGGAGGCCCUUGAGGGUGGAAUAAAUCGUAAUUCCAGCCCCCAGGCUAUCACAACCGUCCGCUCGGUUUAUGAUCGCUUCCUCGCCAAGUUCCCUUUGCUCUUUGGGUACUGGAAGAAGUAUGCCGACCAAGAGUUCUCUAUCACCGGCACUGAGGCCGCUGACAUGGUUUAUGAACGAGGCAUUGCUAGCAUCUCGCCAUCCGUUGAUCUUUGGACCAACUAUUGCUCGUUCAAGGCGGAGACUUCGCACGAUUCCGAUAUCAUUCGAGACUCGCGAAAGUUCUCGUGGUGCCGGUCACAUGUUUUCUGGAUAUUUCAAUAUCCAGCCAGUCUCAUUGUUGAUGGGCUUUUUGAACGGGGUGCGAGCAGUGUGGGUCUUGAUUUCCUUUCCCAUCCCUUCUGGGAUAAGUACAUUGAGUUCGAGGAGCGGGUUGAGGCCCACGACAAGAUUUUUGCUAUUCUUGGACGUGUUAUCCAUAUCCCCAUGCACCAGUAUGCUCGCUACUUCGAACGGUACCGUCAGACCGCGCAGACCCGCCCCUUGUCCGAGCUCGCGCCAGCAGAGACCAUGACCGCAUUCCGCACUGAGAUUGAAUCUGCAUCGUCCCAGCCGGCUCCUGGCGCCAAGGCUGAAGCCGAGAUCGAGCGGGAUCUCCGACUUCGUGUGGACAGUUACCACCUUGAGAUUUUCACGAACACCCAAACCGAGACGACCAAGCGCUGGACUUUUGAAUCGGAGAUCAAGCGUCCCUACUUCCAUGUUACCGAGCUUGAUGAAGGCCAGUUGGUGAACUGGAAGAAGUAUCUCGACUUCGAGGAAGCUGAGGGUUCGUUCUCCCGCACUCAAUUCCUGUAUGAACGGUCCCUGGUUACUUGUGCCCAUUACGACGAGUUCUGGCUCCGAUACGCUCGCUGGAUGGCUGCUCAGCCUGACAAGCAAGAAGAGGUCCGGAUCAUAUAUCAGCGUGCCUCGUACCUCUACGUCCCGAUUGCCAAUCCCACAAUCCGACUCCACUAUGCCUACUUUGAAGAGGUGUCAGACCGUGUGGAUGUGGCAAAAGAUAUCCACAAUGCCAUUCUUAUGCACCUCCCCAGCCAUGUUGAAACCAUUAUCUCACUCGCCAAUAUGUGUCGUCGCCAUGGAGGACUUGAGGCGGCCAUUGAAGUCUACAAGACACAAUUGGAUUCGCCAGAGUGCGAAAUGGCCACAAAGGCUGCUCUCGUUGCCGAGUGGGCCCGCCUUUUGUGGAAGAUCAAGGGUAGCCCUGACGAGGCUCGCAAGGUUUUCCACGAGAAUCAGCAUUACUACCUCGACAGCCGACCCUUUUGGGGAAGCUACCUCGUCUUCGAAAUUGAGCAACCCACCAGCGCGGCUACCGAGUCGGUCCAGUAUGAACGUAUCAAGCAGGUCAUUGCCGACAUCCGAUCGAAGAGCGUUCUGCAAGUCGAUGCUGUCAAGGAACUCGUGCAAAUCUAUAUGACAUACCUUCUUGAGAGGGGCACCAAGGAUGCCGCGAAGGAAUACCUGACCCUGGAUCGAGAAAUCUAUGGCCCUUCAUCCGUGGCUUCUGUUCGGACUGGCGGGAAUGUGGCGGUGCACCCCACCCCUGCAGCCGGACAGUUUGCCUCAGUUGCUCACAUUCAAGCCACACCGGAUGACCCCGCGGCUGCUGCACAGGCAUAUGCCUACUACCAACAGAAUGCAGCGAACGGUGCAACUGCUUGA